AUGAAUAUCAAUGGGUGUCUUGCACUGAUAGCCAAACGCCAGGGCGCGACCCCUGUGUUCUCGGGACUGCGCGUGGAAGUUGAGCAUUACGUCGACGCCGUGGGUGAAGUAGCGAACGGAAUCAAAGGUGGAGCAAGGAAAGCGAUCGCUUGGAAUGAAGUUCAGAUGAGAAUGCUCAACAGGAUCGAGACAAUGUACUGUUGUGGAAACAAAAUGUCGGUUGAACCGUCUGAGGAUUACAAAAAAGCUCUGCCCGCUCUGUCUCAGUUCGACUCUGUGCAGCCUAUGGGCAGCAUGGCUACAAUGAGCAACGUUUACGCGGUCACUUACGGUGAAUGCAAGAGGAAGCUGACUCUGAGAUUGAGAAAGAAGAGCCCCGGAUUAUGCUUGGAAAAAGCUAUUGCGGUUGUUCUUACGCCAGAUAUAAGUUUGGAAUAUUUGCUUUUCUUCCGCACCGAAAAAGCGCAUGUCUUCGUUCAGGAGGGUCCAUACGGGCUCAAUCUGAGGGAAUUGUUCGACUCGCGACCCUUCCGGGAAUCUUACGUGGCGUACCUUGCGAACAAGCUCGCCGACUCUCUCCGGAAGCUCCACGCUCUUGGCAUUAUUCAUCUUGACAUCAGGCCCGAUACGCUCGUUUGGAGGAAUGAUUGCAUCAAGUUCGUCAACGUUGAACACGCCAGAACAUGCCUUGGGAAUUUCGUUCGACCGACGAGUCAAAACAGGAGCUUCUAUAGCCGAACUGCCUUCGAGUUCUUCGGGCCCAAAGUCCGUUGCUCCUCGAAGUUCUACCGAGCUCCCGAACUCGUGCAUGGACGUUACUUCGGUAGAGCCUGCGAUUUCUGGUCGAUGGGAGUCACGUUGUUCCGUCUGAUUUGUGGGAGAUUACCCUUCCGAUCGAAACGCUUGGACGAGCUGAACGAGGCUAUCACCGAGAAGGAGCCACAAUGGAUACCGAGAUCAGAGAAGAGAUUCUCCGCCAAAUUGAGGAGCUUCCUGACGAGCUUACUCGCGAAAGACCCCGAAGCGAGACUGGGAUCGAAAGGCUAUAGCGACAUAACCAAUCACCCAUUCUUGAGUAAGAACGCCGGAGCUUUCAGUGGAAAGAAACGCGUCGAAUUACCUAGGAAACGAAAGGUGAUGUUGCCGAGCGACGCGACGCAGCCCAAGUUUCACGAGGAGCUCCAGCGCCCCGUGACGCAACAUACCAAUAUCGAAUCCUACGUGUCACCGAAGUGGUCUAAGAUUGACGAUCGACGUCUUCUCCAGUUACCAGUGUACUUCCGAGAGGAGCCGCCGUCGAAUGUCGUGUUCCUAAAUUCGACAGGCGCUGUUAUUGCUUGUGAUGGAGGUGGGACACCGAAGCCAAAAGUGUUGUGGACUCGGCCGGACGGCAGCCCUUUGUCGCCUACACCUGGUCUACGACAAUUCCGUAGCGAUGGAUCGAUGAUUUUGCUGCCUUUCGCUGGCGACCAGUAUCGAACCGAAGUUCAUAGCGGAAUCUUCCGUUGUCUAUUAAGUAGCGACUACGGAAGCAUCAGCAGCAGAUACGUCAGGGUGACUGCAGUUCUCAAAAUGCCGAUAGAAGUUGGAGUAACCGACAGUAUCGCAAACUUGGGAGGGACCGCAGUGCUCCGGUGCCUUGUGCAUCCCCCGUCGAUGCGCCAAAUGGUCAACAUCACGGGAUGGUCAACAGACGACGAUAUGACGAUAGUUCCAUCAAAUUCCAAGUCAUUCAGCACACCAAGAUAUCAGGCUUUUCUCAACGGACUCUUGUUGAUAACGGGAGUUACGAGAGCUGAUGAGAGGCGACGUUUCCGCUGUGUGGUCGAGAAUUCCAUUACCGGGGAAAUGGAAUCCCAGGCGUGGGGGAAGGUCAUCGUGACAGAGCCCAAAGGAUACUCUCCGCCCAGGAUCUUCGAGUCAGAGCUCCGGGAGAAAAUUCAAGAAGACGCAACAUUACGAUUACCAUGUGUGGCGAGCGGGCAUCCCGCUCCGACGUACAAUUGGUACCGCGUGAUGCCGCAAAGCGGACAAAAAAUUCCUCUGAAUACCCAUUGGAAUACGGGAGGAACGCUGGUCCUGACUCGAGUCGCACUCGGUGAUAGUGGAAAAUAUGUCUGUGUAGCCAACAAUACAAUGGGCCAAGACCGCGCGGAGAGGGACGUAAUAGUCACAGCCCCGCUCCGUGCCGAAAUUCUGCCCCGGAAGCUGACAGUGCGCUCGGGAGACGACGUGACGGUCAACUGUACUCACCGAGGGGGACCCGUCCGCGAAGUUCGAUGGCUUAAGGACAACAAAUCCCUACAGAACGAUCAUCGCGUGCGACUUCUCGGACGUUUGGUGCUCCACAUCAGCUCGUUUCGAAGAGCCGACACCGGCAUGUAUCAAUGCUUUGUAAAUAACGAGGAGGACUCGGCGCAAGGUCACGCGUACUUGCGCAUCGAAGAAAUCCAUCCGACAAUCCGGGAAAAGUUCAUCGGAGGGAAAUUCAAGCCGCGGAGCGAGAUCUCACUGAAAUGCCAAGCGACGGGCUCGCCUCUGCCUCAACUGUCCUGGCUCCUGGACGGUAAUCCGUUGCCGGAAACUAGAGACAUCAACCAGGGUGACUUCGUUCAGCCCGACGGAGCAUUAGUAGUCAGCUUCGUCAACAUCACUUCAAUGAAAGUAGAGUACGGAGGAGAUUAUACGUGCAUGGCAACAAAUGACGUCGGGACGGCGAUUCACACGCAGCGCAUCAACGUCGAGGGAGAUCCCUACAUACGGCCCAUGAAAGAUUUGACAGUGGUCGCCGGUAAAGAACUCAAUAUCAAGUGUCCCGCAGCCGGAGAUGUCGCAUCGAUGUUCAUCAAGAAAGAUAAUCGGCUCAUAUCGAGAGAACCCCGCUAUGGAUUAGCGGAGGACCGGAGCAGUUUAUCGAUCCAUGAAGCGAGAAAAGACGAUGCCGGAGUUUAUACCUGCAUCGCGAAGGGUUACAACUCGAAAAAUGCCUCCAGAAGCGUCAUGAUCACCGUCGUAUCUGCGCCUCAAAUUUCACCGAUCGUUUUUUCUGACAAAAUUCACGAGGGGAUGAGGGCCAUGGCGUCGUGCAAUAUCAUCGACGGUGAUCCUCCGAUGCGUGUGUCGUGGUGGAAGAAUGGGCAGCCGCUGCACGACGGCCUCGACGCGGGCAACGUGCAGGUCAGCAACCCCUCCGAAUACUCUUCGUUUCUCACGAUCAAGAACGUCACCCGUUCGUACACCGGUAAUUACACGUGCGUCGCGAACAACAACGCCGCUGUGUCAAACUUCACUGCCAUGUUACUUGUCAAAGCUCCCCCGCGAUGGAAAAUUGCUCCCAGAGACAUGUCGGCAAUCAUGUCCACGUCAAUAACUUUCGAUUGCCAAGCUGAAGGAGAGCCCGAACCUGUCGUCCGAUGGAAAUACGCCAAAGGUCAGGAGUCGACCGACUUCCAUGGGAUCGUUUCGAGUCCGCACAUCCACGUGCUGGAAAACGGCUCUCUCAACAUCAUCUCAGUGCAAACGGAUGACAAGGGUCGAUAUUUGUGCGAAGCUGCGAACGGCGUCGGACCUUCGUUGAGCGCUGCUGUGGAUCUCGUCGUCCACCGAGGUCCUCACAUCACCGGACUGGCGAAAAGUAUGCACGUCCGGAGUGGAUCGGAGUCUAGUCUGCCAUGCACUGUUUCUGGCGAUGAGCCACUCUCCAUCAUCUGGAGUAAAGACGGCGUGUUCCUGCCGGUGCAUGACGAGAGAUACAUCAUCAACGAGGAAAAAUCCUUCUACGGCAAGAAGUCGGUGCUGCGGAUCCGUGCGGCUGACCGGGCGGACACAGCAACGUUCUCAUGCACGGCGAGCAAUCCUUACGGGAAAGCAUCGGAAGGGCUCCGGCUCAUCGUACAGGGCGUACCCGAUCCUCCAGACGAUAUCGUGUUCUCCGACAUUCGUAGCACUUCAGUCGUUGCCAAGUGGAAUAUACCAUAUUCGGGGAAUAGCGACAUAAGCUCAUAUACCCUCAGUUAUCAUCCUCUAACCGAGCCGGAAGCGACUCGUGUGGUGACGGUACCUGGCACGUCUGCUGAUGCCACGCUGCAAGAACUCAUACCUGCAACUCAAUAUCAGUUCAUGAUGAAAGCCAGCAAUACCUUGGGCGACUCGAUCUUCAGCAAACCCGCUCUCGUCAAAACUAAAAUGGACGCCCCGAAAACACCGCCCUCGCACAUAACAGCUUCGGCCGUGGACUCGCGCACGAUUCGCGUCACCUGGCGGAAGCCAGCCGAGCGAGCGCGGAACAGUCAUCUCUCGGGAUACUACGUCGGCUACAAAGAGUCCGAUAGCGCCGAGCAGUUUUCUUACAAGACAGUCGACAUCGACCACAACAAUCAGCCCACUAACGGUCGAGAAGAGUACACGAUAACAGGUCUGAAGAAGAACACCAAAUACAGCAUCGUAGUGCAGGCGUUCAAUCCACAAGGAUCCGGGCCCUCAAGCAACGAGCUGGUGGUGAAAACCUACGAAUACGAUCCUCCACCGAGCCCUCCGCUGAAAAUUAUCGCAACAACAUCGUCGUCGAUCCACGUUCGUUGGGAGCAGGACCUCGCGAAGUACAAAGUGACUGGCUACCUUCUGCACUACAAACACUCGGGAGCCGAAUGGAAAGAGAUGCAGUUGCAUAGCUACACGACUAACAAGAUCGUUGAGGGAUUGCUGUGCGGGACAUCGUAUCAGAUAUUCCUCACGGCUUUCAACGAUAUUGGACGAGGAGAACCCUCCGCUGUCAUCGAGGUGGCUACUGAAGGCAGAGCACCAAUCGCGCCGCUCAGCGAAGCGUUCAUCUCGAGCAACCAAACGACGGCGACAUUGAAUAUGGCGACUUGGGGAGACGGUGGAUGUCCCAUAAGACAUUUCGUAGUUCAAUACAAACUAACAGCUCAUAGAGACUGGAUUCUGCUCUCGAACGACCUGAUCAAGGAGAAACAGGUCUUGGCCAUUGGUGACCUCCAACCUUCCUCGUGGUACGAGCUCCUCGUCACCGCUCACAACGAGGCGAGUUAUACAGAGGCAGACUACCAGUUUUCAACGCUGACGCCUAGUGGAGCGACUAUUCCUCCGCCACUUGCGGGAACCAGACAGGUCUCCAUGCUCCGCGACCCCGCUGUCCUGGUUCCCGUGCUAUGUGCCGCCACGGUCGUGAUUCUUCUGAUCUCGGCUGUGUCUUUGCUCUUCAUGAGGAAUCGUCGCUGUCAGCCACGCACCCACGGAAACGAAAUGUGCCAAUCGAGAGAUGAUCUGUCUUUGAACACCUACGGAAAGUGCUCCAAGGACCCUGUCAACGACAUCAUGUACAACAACGAUCAUGAAACAUUGUACUGCCCAUACGCAGCGCAGCAGGCUGCGGAAGCAUUCAACUUCAAAGGAGACAUGGUCGCGGAAACGCUGCGGAGAGUCGCCAAAAACAAGGAGCAUACGUACGAGGUGCCUCACCGCAUUAGGGCGGUGCAGCAGGGCUACUGCAAUGGGGUGUCAUCAUCUGCCACAUUGGAGCGAUCCGUCGGACAAACCCCAAAGCAAAAAUAUCGUCCGCUGUCUUUGGGCAGGUCGUUCGACCAGGAUCUGUUUGAAGAGGAUCUCGAACACAUGUACAAAGAAGCGGCGGCCAAUCAGCACAAACAGGAAGCGGUUUCAUCAAUCAUGUCGGGUGCAGCUGAAAGCGACAUUUGCUCGUCUACGUACGAAGACGACUCCAUCAUCAUUGGAGAUGCUUGUCCUCAAAGAUAUAAUUUCAAUAACGGAACUCUGAAAACCCAACAACCCGCAGGCUCACAGAGCCCCUACGCUCAGCCCAGACCGAUUACAGACAAGUGGUCGGUGAAACUAUGA